AUGACUGCCCCUGGAUCAUAUUUCAGCAAAACUAGUUUAGCAGCCCAUUACUUCUGGGUGAAAUUGAUACGCACUGGGUGCCACCAGCUUAUCUCCUCAGUUCCUAUCUAUCUAUCUAUCUAUCUAUCUAUCUAUCUAUCUAUCUAUUUAUCUAUCUAUCUAUUUAUCUAUCUAUCUAUCUAUCUCAUUCUCUUUCUGAGUAUCUAUAUAUCUUGGUGUCUGUCUAUGUUCAUUAUCUAUCUAUCUAUCUAUCUAUCUAUCUAUCUAUCUAUCUAUCUAUCUAUCUAUCUAUCUAUCUAUUUUACUCUCUUUUCUUCCUUUCUAUCUAUCUAUCUAUCUAUCUAUAUAUAUAUAUAUAUAUAUAUAUAUAUCUCAUUCUCUUUCUGUGUAUCUAUGUAUCUUGGUAUCUGUCUAUGUUCAUAUCUAUCUAUCUAUCUAUCUAUCUAUCUAUCUAUCUAUCUAUCUCUGCGUAACUAUGUCUCUUGGUGUCUAUCUAUGUUCAAAUAUAUCUAUCUAUCUAUCUAUCUAUCUAUCUAUCUAUCUAUCUAUCUAUCACAACUCAAUGCUUAUCUUAACCCAUAUCUCUUUCGACUGGUCAAUCGAUUUCUUUACAUUCAAGUGAUCGUGCCCUGUCUCCCCCCCACCCCACACACACAUUUUGCGCCCGUACCGCUUCUUUCUAUCCGGAAACAGUCCGAAAACAGCACCGUGCUCCCGUGUAGCAAAAUUAAUUACCGUUCCUCUUUCGACCCAAGAUGCCACAACGUCUAUCGCUCUCAAACUGUUUCUUUUCCUUCCUUCCUUCCUUUCUUUCUUUCUUUCUUUCUUUCUUUCUUUCUUUCUUUCUUUCUUUGUACACGCAUCUCCUAUUACUAUAUAUCUACGUUAAUCUCUCUCGCUCUUUAUCUAUCUAUCUGUUCACAUCUAUAUAUCAUUUCCAUUGUAUGCCCGCCACCUCCCAGGUUAUCGUUUCAUCGGUCACGAAUCGAAUUGCCGCCGAGUGCCUGUUCUUCCCGCGUGAGAUUUAAAUAUAUCUUUUUUUUUAUCUAUCUAUAUAGCUAUCUAAUUCUCUUCUUGUGCAUCGAUCUAUGUUCAUUUCACUAUAUAUGCCAUUACUAUAUAUAUGUCUAUAUUUAUCUCUUUCUAUCUCAUUAUCUAUCUAUCUAUCUAUCUAUCUAUCUAUCUAUCUAUCUAUCUAUCUAUUAUAGUGGAACACACCUAUUCUAUAGUUAA